CCUCAUGUUGUUUCUUUUUAAAGAAUUUCUUUUUCUUCUUUGCUCAUCCUUAUUUCUAAUUAGUUAUCUUUUGUUUUCUUUAAUUGAUUGAUUUGUUUUUUCCCUUCUUCUUUUAUUUCUUCUUUUUACAGUUGAUCGUUGGCUAAUUUGCUUUUGAAUUUUGUUUUGAGUUUAUUGAAUUUCUAGCUGAUGGAAUAUGGAAGCUUUAGUUCCUAAGAAUAAUGAGAUGCAAGAUAUUUUCAACACAAUUGGAGGUGAUACUUUACCGUUACCACAAAUUAAUCUUUCCAAUGAUCAGCUAAAUUCGGUUGUAAAUGAUUUUGAUCUAUUUGACUCUGCUGAUUACGAUGACGAUCUAUUGACAACAAUUAAAAUGGUUGAAAUAGAUGCUACAUUAGAUAAAAUUUGUAAUGUUCUUAGAAACGAUUUUCCUGAUCUGUUUACUUAUGCAUUCUUCCUUCAAGAUAGACAAUUAUGUUUUGGAGAGCCAAUAAUUGAUGGUUUCCAAAGUCAAACCAGUUUAAUUAAUUUGAAACUAAAAAUUGAACCUGAAACAAAAACGGUCACCAUAGUUGAUAUAUUAUAUGUAUUAAAACCAGAUCGCUAUGACGAUUAUUAUGAUGAUAUUAUUUAUACACUAAAUACAUCAGAUAAGAUUGAACCAUUCUCACCUGGUAAUCAUUCGGGUAACAAUGGAGAGAUAAAAUUAUGGAGAUUUCUUCUAGAACUGUUAACUGAUGCCGAUUAUCGUGAAUAUAUCCGCUGGGAAGGUACCGAAGGUGAAUUUAAAUUCAUCCAACCCGAAAUGGUUGCUCAAUUGUGGGGACAACGGAAAAACAAGCCCACAAUGAAUUAUACUAAACUGUCACGAGCCUUAGAUUAUUAUUAUGAUGCGAAUAUGUUUGCCCGAGUUAAUGGUAAACGUUAUGUUUACAAAUAUAUUUGCGAUCUCAAAAAAUUAACUGGUUAUGAUGCUCGAGAACUAAGUGCCAUGGUUAAUGAUACACCAAGUUCAUCAUCUUGUAUUAACAUUCAGAGUCGAUUCAAGGUUCUAAUCUCGAACUUGCGUAAAAAAGUUUCAUUGGUCAGUAGAAAUUGUAGCAAACUGAUGAAGAGAGUGAUGAUGAGGAUGAAGAUGAUAUGAAUCAUCUUUCCUUUGGUUCAUCGUCACAUUGACAUUUUUAUUUUCAUUUCAUUUCAUCAUCACCGUGAACAUAAUCAAUCAACAUAAAGCCAAUGCUCUGUUAAGAGUAAUAUAAAUCUGAAACAAUCGGAUACGGAAAAAAGUUUAUUCAUUAAAAGAAACUAAACUUUAUGAGUUAAUUUCAUUAAUAAAAUUCGAAGAAACAAAAAAUCAA